AGGUCGCGCAGGGAAGAUGGCGGCGCCCAGGCGCUGAGGGGAGGGCGGCGCAGCAGCCGCGGCCAUGAGCGCCGCCCGCCCCUGCCGCCGGCCCUUGGCGCUCGCAGGAUUAUUUGUUUGGCAUCUGAGGAGCACUGGCGUAUGGCAGAUACCAUGCCAGUUUGUGCACCUUUACCAUGUGGCCAACAACAGGUUGAUUACCUUUCAGUACUUUAACUUUCUCAAACGAAUGUAUGUAACACGGUGCAACAAAGACCUCAGCCAACGAGCCAAACCCAAGUCCGAUUCAAUUGUGUCUCCUUUUCAUGAGCUUCAGCAAUUGGAUCAGGAAAAAAAGGUUGUAAACAAAAUUAGCCCAGUUUCACCUGUACAUCAGUUGUGGUCUGAGACAUCAAGCAGAAAUGAGUUGAGAGAAAUGAAAUCAGCUGCAGAAACUGAAGACUCAGUCAUACUAGUGGGAACUGAAUCCAAAGAAGACAGACGAUGGAAAGAAAUGAAGCUACGGCUGGAUGAUUUGCCAGGAAUUUUGGCACGCUUGUCCAAAAUCAAGCUUACAGCUCUGGUCGUCAGCACCGCAUCUGCUGGCUUUGCCAUGGCCCCGGUCCCUUUUGAGCUCACCUGUUUCCUGCUCGCCUCCUUUGGAACUGGCCUGGCAUCCUGUGCAGCCAACUCCAUCAAUCAGUUCUUUGAGGUUCCGUUUGACUCAAAUAUGAACAGGACUAAAAACAGACCACUGGUGCGAGGACAAAUCAGCCCCCUGCUCGCUGUCUGCUUCGCUGCCUCCUGCGGAAUCCCUGGAAUUGCCCUACUCACACUGGGAGUGAACCCUCUCACCGGGGCCCUGGGAGCCUUCAACAUCAUCCUCUACACGUGCUGUUACACACCCCUGAAGAGGAUGAGCAUUGUCAACACGUGGGUGGGAGCUGUUGUUGGGGCCAUUCCCCCCGUCAUGGGCUGGACUGCAGCUACCGGGAGUCUGGAUGCUGGUGCAUUACUGUUAGGAGGGAUCCUCUAUUCCUGGCAGUUCCCUCACUUCAAUGCCCUGAGCUGGGGUCUGCGGGAAGAUUACUCCCGAGGAGGAUAUUGUAUGAUGUCAGUCACUCACCCAGGGCUGUGCAGGCGGGUGGCUCUGCGUCACUGCUUGGCCUUAAUUGGACUCUCAACGGUGGCUCCUGUCCUUGACAUCACCACGUGGACUUUCCCCAUCAUUUCACUCCCCAUCAACCUCUACAUCUCCUACCUCGGCUUUCGCUUCUACAGGGAUGCCGACCGCAGCAGCUCCAGGAAGCUCUUCUUCUGCAGUUUGUGGCACUUGCCAAUGCUGCUGCUUGUCAUGUUCACCUGCAAGAAAUCAGUCCUGAAGAAGGAAGACAAAGGUGAUCUACCUGGGGGAAGUCAUGAGACAGCCAUGGAAAUUAGAUUGCCUUAAAUGUCAAUAUCUGUCGUCCUCAUGACACAUCAGAUAGUACAUUUUAGUAAUUGCAAGGGGGAAUCCUGUGGGAAUCUGUUUGAAGAAGAAUCAUUUGUGCCUAGCUACCACUUAAUGAGAUAAUUUACUAUUUUCUUUUGAGAGGGAAUAGUCAGUAGUGUUUAAACAUUCAGGGCCUUAGGCCCCUUAAUGCAUCACAGGUUAUGAUUUAGCCUAUGCCAGAACCACAUCACUUUGGGAUGGCCUUCCAAAGUCCCUGUGAGUCAUGGUCUCUGUCCUCAUGGGUAGUUGAGGUAGUUAAGAAAUUACAUGUACGCACAUACCGCCAUCAGUACUGGCAGCCUUGGUGAAGCCAUCCAGAAGUGACCAACGGAUGAUUUCUCACCCUUCUUCCCAAACACCCUUUCCUUUAAUUUAAGUUUGAGGCACAUGAGAGGGUGACCUCUGCUUCUCUGAAUCUGUGCCAUCCAUGCACUGGUAUUACACCAAAGCCCUCUGUUUUGGGGACUUUUUUCAAUCAGCUGCUCUUCCCAAGGUUCUCAUGCACCUCCCUAGAUUUUUAGCCCUCACACACCUGGCACAGUCCUAAAGGAGUGAAGAAAACUGUCUUUCAGCACAACACACACAAGCAUUUAAACAGCUCUCCUGUAGCAUAUUCCUUGGACACACUGAGCCAUUCUACUGUAUUUCCACCACAGGGAACUUCUGACUCCUGUGUGGUUUUAUGUCAUUAGUGUUUGAGCCCUGUGUGUCAGAUCUUCAGCUGGGAAAAAUCACCAUUACUGUUUAUGAGAGAGAGGCUGUGAAUUGUAGAGGAGGUGAGAACCAUAUCCCAGAGCCAGGUGGUUGUAAGGCUUUUCCAUGUUCAUGUGUCUUAUGCCAGCCCAUUGAGUCUCAGCAUCCUCAGACAAGCUCUGGACCGGCAUAAAGAGCUUGAGCUGUGUUUAAUGUCACACUGUGGGUGAUGGCUCAGAAAGGCUUCACUUUGGGGGUGAUUAACAGGUAAGGAAACACAUUUUACAGAAAAAGGGCUGGGAAUUUUAAUGUAACAAAAUGUUCAUUUACUAAUGCAGCCAGUGUCUCUCCAAAGCAAGUAUUGUGGAUGGCCUCCUGAGAAAAGUGCAUUACCCCUGUUAAAUGAUAUGCUGAAGAACAUUUCUGGUCACAGUUUAACAUGCUUGUGAUCCUGCUGCUCAGCUGUGGCUCACCCUCAUCUUGCCUGGAGCUGUCUGUGACCUCCUGAUGUGCUCCCAAACACAGCCACAUCAGGGGCAGACAGAGACAGUGAUAGUUUAUUGUGGUAGUGCAUGUUAUGACUUGAUGUGUUUUCAUGCCAAGAUUUCUUUCCCAUGUGGAGAAGGACUGGGCAGCAGGAUGAGCACUGAUCCAAAGAUUCAGCAAUAUCUAAAAGGAAGACACUGUCUCAAGCUUGAUCUCAAAUAAGGCCGCUCAGGAAAUGUCACAAAUCUGCCACCACAGGUGCAUCACACUGACAAAAAACCUUCCCUGGGUGCUCUCGUGAUCCAAGCCUGGCUCUUGGUCUGAGUUAUACUGGUGUAAAUCA